UUAUAUUGGAGAAGAAAAUAUGUCGGGGGACAGGAUCAACGUUUUCCCUUCAAGGAUGGCCUUGACCAUCAUGAAGGGAAGACUGAAGGGAGCACAGAAGGGCCACAGUUUGCUGAAAAAGAAAGCAGAUGCAUUGACAUUGCGAUUCAGAAUGAUUCUCAAGAAAAUUAUUGAGACAAAGGUGCGAAUGGGAGAAGUGAUGAGAGAGGCAGCAUUUUCACUGGCAGAAGCAAAGUUUACUUCGGGAGAUUUCGGGCAUAUUGUAUUACAGAAUGUCAACAAAGCUCAGCUGAAAGUGAGGUCAAAGAAAGAAAAUGUGGCAGGUGUACAGCUUCCCGUGUUUGAACACUACCAGGAUGGUGCUGACAGUUAUGAGCUGACGGGCUUAUCAAGGGGUGGACAACAAAUUGACAGACUUAAGAAAAACUAUGCCACAGCUAUCAAACUGCUUGUAGAACUUGCUUCGUUACAAACAUCCUUCGUAACCUUAGACGAGGUGAUCAAAAUCACAAACAGGAGAGUGAACGCUAUUGAGCAUGUUAUCAUUCCUCGUAUUGAACGAACUCUUGCCUACAUCACCACAGAAUUGGAUGAGCGUGAGCGUGAGGAGUUUUACAGGUUGAAGAAGAUACAAGAGAAGAAGAAGAAAAUGAAAGCUGUUGCUGAUGAAAAGUUGAAGGCACGAAAGGCGAAAGGCGAACUCAUUGAGGAUGCAGCCAAUUUGUUGGAGGAAGGUCGAGAUGAAGAUCUGUUGUUUACAGACUGACCCAUGGUCGUUAACCAUUGUAGGAAUUUGUACAUACAAAGAUGCUAGUCCAAUCACCUGUUAUAGGUUUAGUUAAAUAGAGCUGUAAGAAUGCUAGACAACCUGUCAAACCAAUCUAGAUUGAAUGGACACGUCAGGGUAAAGUAUGAAGGGUAGCUUUGCUAUGACAGGUCACCCGUUGUCAUCGUUUUAAAUUACUUUGUCUUCAGAACAAUCUGGUUUAAUAUUUAACCUUUAGCUUGCUAGUUGGUGGGAUAUGAUAUUUUCAAAAAUAUAUGCAUAUUGGAUUUUCAUAUGGCUGUGAUUGAGCCAGUGAUUUCCAUGUAUUAUUUUAUAACUUUACUCUGACAGGACUGAUAACAUUACUGUCAAUCAACGAUUCAUUCCUUAUCAAAACAAUUGUUUUUUUGUGAAAUCCUCAUGUGAUUAGUUAGUAGUUUGGCAUUAAGUCAGUAUUGUGCAUCUAGACCUGUUUUUUUUCCUAGUGUUAUCCAGAUAGUUAGCUAUAUAAUGGAAUUGUAUCUCAUCUAUCCCUGAUCAUUUGGUCUCUAUAACAUUGACUCACAUCAGUUGUCAUUUGUUCAUGGAGAUAUUUAUCAGAUGUCAAAGUCUAACCCAGACCUGUAAGGCCAUUAAUAUAAGAUCAAGGUCUGGAGGCUCUUUAGUCUAGGGUCCAGACCUAGAGGUCCUUUAGUCUGGGAUCCAGACCAGGAGAUCCUUUAGUCUGGGAUCCAGACCUAGAGGUCCUUUAGUCUGGGAUCCAGACCAGGAGAUCCUUUAGUCUGGGAUCGAGACCAGGAGAUCCUUUAGUCUGGGAUCCAGACCAGGAGAUCCUUUAGUCUGGGAUCUAGAGGUCCUUUAGUCUGGGAUCCAGACCUGGAGAUCCUUUAAUCUGGGAUCCAGACCUAGAGUCCUUUAGUCUGGGAUCCAGACCAGGAGAUCCUUUAGUCUGGGAUCCAGACCUGGAGAUCCUUUAGUCUGGGAUCCAGACUUGGAGGCUCUUUAGUUUAAGGUACAGACCUGGAGAUCCUUUAGUCUGGGAUACAGACCUUGAGGUCCUGAAAAUCUCUGGAUAUGCAGUCAUUAUUGGUCCCAAUCACAAAAAUAGCAAAUCAGUAAUUUUUGUGUUGAAGAAAAUAGUAAGAAAAUGUCCUUUUCUACAUUCUGGACAACAAAAACUUAGACUUUUUCAAAUGUUUCUUAAGAUGGAAAACUCAUUGCUGGUUUCCGCUUCAUAUGAUCUACAGAAAAUAGUGUUGUACAUUUGUAAUAUUGCUUCUUUCAGUCAUUCCGUAAGUCCAGUUAUCUUACAGUAAGAAAUGAUAGCUGGAGUUGUUUAGCUGGAGGGUGAAGGGAUUUGAUGUGAAGUAGAAGUCUUUGUCUGUGAUGUUACAUUUUGUUAUGAGGCGUAUUAACUUUGUUUCCAAUUUGUAAAAUUAUUUACAACUUAAUGUGUUGAAACAAGGACUUGUGACAACACUGGUUCCCAAACUAGAGAGAGUGGUGAUAGACAUCAGUCAAUAUGCAUGACAAAACCAGUAACUAAAGGUAUCAGCUCGGACAUGUUGAAUUGUCGUUGCAAAAACAAUGAAUAAAGAGACUUUAAAAAUAUGAAAGAGAAAACUGGAACAAAUACAAAGAAAUUUAGCUUCAUUUUGGCCGUUCGAUAUUGGUGCAUGUAUACUUGUACUAAUGUUUUCCAGUUUAUCUCCUAUUACCAGGAUGAGGAAAGUAAUUUCAUUACUUUGGAGCAGGUUGACAUCAAAUAUUUCCAAAUCAUUGUAUCAUCUCAUAUAGCCAAAAGGGUAUGAGUGGUAAUAUGGGAGAUUUUUUAAUUUGUUGAGCAUCAGUACAUAUUUCUGAUAUUAGAGGUAUUUAAUUACGAAUUUGUUGAUCUUAUAAGUGAUCUGUAUGAUUUAAUAUUGAUAAUAUAAUCAGUUUGGACGAUUGUUAGGGUACAUGUGGUAUACAUUGUAUUAAAAAAACCUGUAUGAAGAAA